UUGCUUUAGUCUUUUCUAUCAUCAUGGGUAUUUUCACUUAUGAAGACGAGCGCGUUUCUUCCAACGCUCCUGCAAGACUAUACAAAGCCAUAGUCUUGGAUUCUAGCAAUGUCUUCCCAAAAGUUUUACCAGACUUUAUUAAGAGUGUUGAAAUCAUUGAAGGAGAUGGAGGGCCAGGAUCCAUUAAGAAGCUCACUUUUGCUGAAGGAUAUGUGAAGCAAAAGGUAGAUGCGGUUGAUGCAGAAAACUACGUGUACCACUACAGCGUAAUUGAAGGCCAUGCUUGGCCACACACAUUGGAGAACAUCUAUUUUGAGCUCAAAAUGGUGGAAAGCCCUGAUGGUGGAUGCAUCAUUAAAUCCAUUACCAAAUACUACACCAAAGGCGAAGCGCAGCUCCCAGAAGAGUUUCUUAAGGCUAAUAGGGAAAGAAUUGCUAGGUUCACGAAGGCUAUUGAUGAUUAUCUUUUUGCUAAUCCUGAUUACAACUAA